AUGCCGCUCUGUCUCACCUUUAUCGACUUGAAGAAGGCCUUCGGCUCAGUUAAGACGGAGGCGGUCGUGCAAGCCUUGGACAAACAAGGCAUCCCUACUCAGUACAUAAAGACCGCACUAUCCAAACUUUCGCGAUAUCUUCACACUCCCGCUGCUGCAUUGCAGGAAACACGCAACAGGAAUUGCCAAUCAUCAGCAUUGUCAAUUACGUUGUCUACUGCGGCGAUGCUGAUGAAAGGAAAGGAGGAGGCUGCUCAAUUGCUGUUAGGAGCGGGUGCAACAGUUUGGUGGAGGAGUUCGGAUCUACGUCGUAAAGGUCAUGGAGCCCCUGGAAGAUAUGUAUGCUUGACCAACAAAAUGAAAAGAGGAGGAAUUGCCGCAGUUGGAACACAAGGUAGAUGUACCAUACCGUUCGAAAUGGAAACUGGAUUGAGACAAAGGGCUGUGGCGAGACCCUUUCUGUUAAACCUUGCCGUCGAUGACAUAAUGCGAGGAACAGUUGGACAGUGUUCUGCCGAUGCCGUUUUAGCACCGUCUGGACGUCCUUUGGUGGAUCUCGAGUCCGCCAACGUUGUAGCAGUAUCUUCUUCAAGUAGCGCAAAGUUGCAGCGUGUUGUUGACCUCGUAUCAAAAUUUACUACAACUUGCGGAAGGCAACUCCUCCCUGACGAAUGCAAGCAGACGUGA